GCCGGCCCACAGCAAAACACACCCCCUUCAACAGUGCAAGUAUUGACAGCAAGCAAGCACCAGGAUCGUCCACCGUCCCCCCACCCUCACCCGUAAUUAACACGGAUAAACUUUGGUCUCUCUGUAUUUGCUUCUCCGCUUUUUGUGUGAGGACAUACCAGUAUCAGCCCUGUUUUAGUUGGUGUGUUUUGCUCAGCAUACUGCCUGCCUUCACGCUCCAUCCACCCAUCCUGGAGCCCGAGUCCAGAUGUCAUCUCUCCCGUGGAUGGAGCGUCCCGUUACAGCACAGGGACCACAGCAGACCCGGCCGCCCCAGAAGCACUAUGGCAUCACCUCCCCCAUCAGCCUCGCAGCCCCCAAGGACACGGACUGCGCACUCACGCAGAGGCUCGUGGAGACUCUGAAGCCGUUCGGGGUGUUUGAAGAGGAGGAGGAGCUGCAGCGCAGGAUUUUAAUUUUGGGAAAAUUAAAUAACCUGGUAAAAGAGUGGAUACGAGAAAUCAGUGAAAGCAAGAACCUUCCACAGUCUGUCAUUGAAAACGUUGGAGGCAAAAUCUUCACAUUUGGAUCUUACCGAUUAGGAGUACACACAAAAGGUGCUGAUAUUGAUGCGUUGUGUGUUGCACCGAGACAUGUUGAUCGAAGUGACUUUUUCACCUCAUUCUAUGAUAAAUUGAAAUUACAAGAAGAAGUGAAAGAUUUAAGGGCUGUGGAGGAGGCGUUUGUGCCCGUCAUCAAGCUGUGUUUUGAUGGGAUAGAGAUUGAUAUUUUGUUUGCACGAUUGGCACUGCAGACUAUUCCGGAGGACUUGGACUUACGAGAUGACAGUCUGCUAAAAAACUUAGAUAUAAGAUGCAUAAGAAGUCUUAACGGUUGCAGGGUAACCGAUGAAAUUUUACAUCUAGUACCAAACAUUGACAACUUCAGGUUAACUCUGAGAGCUAUCAAACUGUGGGCCAAACGCCACAACAUCUAUUCCAAUAUAUUAGGCUUCCUCGGUGGUGUCUCCUGGGCGAUGCUAGUAGCAAGAACUUGCCAGCUUUAUCCAAACGCAAUAGCAUCAACUCUUGUACAUAAAUUUUUCUUGGUAUUUUCUAAAUGGGAAUGGCCAAAUCCUGUGCUAUUGAAACAGCCUGAAGAAUGCAAUCUUAAUUUGCCUGUUUGGGACCCAAGGGUAAACCCCAGUGAUAGGUACCAUCUUAUGCCUAUAAUUACACCAGCAUACCCACAGCAGAACUCCACCUACAAUGUGUCCGUGUCAACACGGGUGGUCAUGGUUGAGGAGUUCAAGCAAGGUCUUGCUAUCACCGAUGAAAUUUUGCUGAGUAAGGCCGACUGGUCCAAACUUUUUGAAGCUCCAAACUUCUUUCAAAAGUACAAGCAUUAUAUUGUCCUCCUAGCAAGCGCACCGACGGAAAAGCAGCGCCUGGAGUGGGUGGGCUUGGUGGAGUCAAAGAUCCGGAUCCUGGUGGGAAGCCUGGAGAAGAAUGAAUUCAUCACACUGGCCCAUGUGAACCCCCAGUCCUUCCCAGCACCCAGGGAGAAUCCUGACAAGGAAGAGUUUCGCACCAUGUGGGUGAUCGGGUUAGUGUUUAAGAAAACCGAGAACUCAGAAAACCUCAGUGUUGAUCUGACCUAUGAUAUUCAGUCCUUCACAGACACAGUUUAUAGGCAAGCCAUAAACAGCAAGAUGUUCGAGGUGGACAUGAAAAUCGCCGCCAUGCACGUGAAAAGAAAGCAGCUCCAUCAACUACUGCCUAGUCACGUGCUUCAGAAAAAGAAAAAGCAUUCGACAGAAAGUGUCAGAUUGACAGCCCUGAAUGACAGCAGCCUCGACUUGUCUGUGGACAGUGACAACAGCAUGUCUGUGCCUUCCCCCACCAGUGCUAUGAAGACCAGUCCCUUGAACAGUUCUGGCAGCUCUCAGGGCAGAAACAGUCCUGCUCCGGCUGUGACAGCAGCCUCUGUGACCACCCUCCAGGCUCCUGACGUUUCUGGGCCUCCAGUGAACUCCGGCGAUGGCUCAGGGGGUACGUCGAGCGAAAGCAUUCCUCAAACUGCCGUGCAGCCAGCCAUUUCUCCACCACCAAAGCCUCCGCUCUCCAGAGUGGUCUCGUCCACACGCCUGGUGAACCAGCCACCUAGACCUUCAGGAAAUGCAGCAACAAAAAUACCUAACCCUAUAGCAGGCGUCAAGAGGACCUCCUCCCCCCACAAAGAAGAGAGCCCCAAGAAAACCAAAACAGAGGAGGAACAGCUUGAUUCCGAGACGAGUACGACGACGCAGCCAGAGACUCUUCAGACGGCGGCCUCCCUGUUGGCCUCUCAGAAAACGCCCAGCACAGACCUGUCUGAUAUCCCUGCUCUCCCUGCAAACCCCAUUCCUGUCAUCAAAAACUCAAUAAAACUGAGACUGAACCGGUAAAAACCACCUCAGGGGUCCAUACGUAAUACCUGCCAACUCAACCUGUUGUCUGGAGGGAUCACCAAGGAGAGCGGCAGAGGGGACAAAGUGCGACAGGCUGAGAGGGGCUGCAGGCGGGCCGGUGCCCCCACCCCCCGGGCUCCUCCGUGCUGGAUGGAAGUCCAGGUUCGUAUGUGAAGCCAGGAGCGCUAUUAUUAAUGUGUUAGCAACAGUCAUGUUACAUGAUUUCAAAAGAUUACUGCCUUUAAAAAAACAAAAAAUCCACCUCAAGUUCUAGUUGUGUCCAUAAUUGACAUCUGGAUUGGGUUUAUGUUUGAUGCGUUGUUUGGAAAAUUUGCAAUACAGACUGGCAUAAGAAUUCCUUAUUCUGAUGAUGCACUUUUAUGUAUUUUUUAUUAGAAAGUAGAACUAAUUUUAGAUUGUCAGCUGGAUGGAUUUCCAUUUUUUCCCCCGAGGAGUUUUCUUUACCAUUAGUCUCCACGUUGGACAUGGCUGUGCGUGGUGAUGCUGCACCUCAGGGGCAGGAGUGCCGCCAGCUCCAUCCUCGUGCAGCUAUAACCCUGUGCCCGGGGUCCACGCAUGACAUUGAAGGGGUAAUUAGGAAGUAGCUUGGUUGUGAGGGGUCCUAAUUAAGAAACGAUAUCUUGGUUUUAUUGGGAGGAUGGUUUUGCAGUGCAUACAAAUCAGCGAUCAAACAGCAGAUUUUUUUCCUUUGAGCCUGUCGCAGCGCCAUCUUCUUUUACCUUUUUGUCCGUCGUCCCUGAAACAACCGCCCGCCCCUUGCAUGUACGCUUUGUAAAGUAGGGCUGACCAAGCGCCAGCGCCCUGCCGCCUCCACCGAAACCCCUGAGUGGCCCUGGGAGUGUGUGGCACCAACCUCCGACCUGGCUCCCCAGCCACCUGCCUGCUGGCCACAGGCCAGCCUGUGAGCCCACCUACCAAGAGGACUUCGGUCUCCAUGGCGUAGUCUCCGGGAAUUUUAAACUAUGUUUUAUUUUUAAAUGGCCUACCCAAUGUGCUAGUACAUUUUACUCACAGAAACAUUGAAGUCAUUUCUAGCAAACGCUUGACGUCUAGUCAGCUCCCUCCUCCUUUUUGUCUCAUUCGAUCCACAAAUUAGGACAGACCGACACCCACCCUCCCAACUGAGUGGCCGAAAGCCCACCUCCAGGAAGUCCAUCCUGCAAGGUGGGGGGGGGGGGGGGGGGGGGCAUGAUGCUGGGGACAAGGCAAGCGUGUGCGUGGACAUCCUGACAAGCAUGUCAUGUGAGCCCUGCUCUGUUCUGCCCCGCAGUCCUCACGCCAACCUGCAAUGAGUCCCCCGCCCCCCUCCAAGUCCACUCCCGGGGUGGACUGCAGUCUCCCCUGCAGCUGUGCAGUGAUCCAGGCAUCCCUUUCACCUCUGCUUCCCACACUCCCGGCUCUGGCCCCGCCCCCCGCCCCCCACCUGCCCACGGAGAGGACGGCAUGCUCGCAGGUGACGGGGCGCGGUGUCUGUGUGUUUUGCGUAGCUUCAGAGUUAGAUGGAAAUUGCCAGGCACAGAUGUAGUCUUGUCGUUUUGUUUACACAUUGGGGGGACAUCCAGUUUAUUAAAGUCCCUGUAACUGCACCCAGUUUUGCCAGGCUGGAGACCUGGCACUUCCCUGUGUAGUGACUGUCAUUCCCCUUCUCAUCCCUGGAGGGCAGACUGUUGCUUCCGCACGUGUGCGCAGUGUCUCAUGACUGGAGUUUGCUUUGUUUUAUAGUAUCUGUACUCCUUGUAUUUUUCCAGAGCUAUUUUGUAAACAGAUGAUGUAUUUCUCCAUUGAAAACACAAUAAAAAAACACAGCACAAUCCCA